AUGUAUCCCAUCACAACCCAGAACAGAAUCUCGUCGACGGCCAUGUGGACCAACGGCUCUGCCCCUCCGUUCGCUCCUGGAAACACGCCACAUUUUGAGACAUUCGAUGGACAGACCUCCUGUCUCCUGUGGCACCUACAGAACAAGACGGUGUUCCAGGGCUACACAGCGGCACAAGAAGCCUGCUCCAUGUACGAGAACACCGAGGAGAUGGGAACAGCGACCGCCGUCAUCUCUUGGCUCUUGGGGCUUCUCAUCGUGACCUGCAAUGUUGCCGUGAUCUUGGGAAUCAUCCGGACAACACAACUCCACAAGCCGCUGUACAUCUACAUGGCGAACCUCGCCGUUUCCGACUUGGUAGGAGGCGUUGGACUUCUGUAUCGAACAGUAGACCGGAUAGAACUCAUGAGAAUGCACAGUAUGAUGAAUAUUGUAACUUUUCUGAUGUAUAGUCAAGUGGUGUCUGCAUCCGCCCUGUCGCUGUUAUCUGUGAACUCUUACGUCGCUGUAAGGCAUCAUGUAUUCUUCCACAACCACGCCGCCACUGCCAAACCGUUGAAACAGCGGCAAAAGAAAAGGUUUGAGGCGCAGCUGCCAAAUCAAAGCAAUCAGGGACAGAACGGGCAACAUCAACCACGCACUAUCGCAAACAUUGAGGCAGAAAGAAAACACAAGAGAAGUGUGCAGAAGGCGAGAACGGUCCUGAUUUACGUGGUGGUGGCCUUCAUCUUCUGGCUCUUACCUCUCGUGCUCAUCCCGAUCUGUCUGACCCGCGAGAACGGCUGUCCGGCUCUAGAUGGUCCCCAUGCAAGAGCCGCGCUGAUAACUGUCAACUCAGCAAUCAACCCGAUCGCAAGCAUCAUCCGCACACCGGACUUACGGAGGGGGAUCUGGCAAACUGUGGUGGACAUCCGCCGGGCACUUGUCACCAGAAUACGGGGAAACCCAGCUGCGAAUCCACAGGGUCAACAGCAACCUGCACCAGGAGAUGCACCAAAUAUGCCGGGAGGAACCGCACGGGACACCGGUACCGGACCGAACAUAUCAGCAGGACACAACAACAGUCUUGUCAACAUACCAGGACAGAUCACCGCAGGACACAGCAACAAUCCUGUCAGCAUGCCAACAGGACAGCUCACCGAAGGACACAGCAACAGUCCUGUCAGCAUGCCAACAGGACAGCUCACCGCAGGACACAGCAACAGUCCUGUCAACAUGCCAACAGGACAGCUCACCGCAGGACACAGCAACAGUCCUGUCAACAUGCCAGCAGGACAGCCCACAGCAGGGUACAGCAACAGUCCUGCCAACACACCAGCAGGACAGCUCACAGCAGGACACAGCAACAUUCCUGCCAACACACCAGUAGGACAGCUCACGGUAGGAAACGGCAACAGUCCUGUCAACAUGCCAACAGGACAGCUCACGGUAGGACAUAGCAGCAGUCAUGUCAACAAGGGUAUGGUGGGGACAAAAGUAGCAUUCACUAAGGCAAGGAGUAACAGUCUUGCUGUUAUAGACAUAGACUAG